AUGUCAUUUCUCGGCGGGGCAGAAUGCUCGACGGCGGGCAACCCACUGAGCCAGUUCACCAAGCACGUCCAAGAUGACAAGUCGCUACAGAGAGACCGUCUAGUAGGCAGGGGUCCCGGAGGCAUGGAGAGCAUGCGUAGUCAGAUGGGAGCCCCUCAAGAUGCUAUGAUGGACGACUUUAUGCAGCAUGGCCCGACAUUCCAAGACUCGCCUUUUGCCAUGGAACAAAUGCGUCGUGAGCUCGACCAAGCAGCCUCUCCCACAUCCAACCACUGGGCCGCCGAGUUCGAGCCGCAGAUGUCCGAUCAGCCCGGUCCUGCCUUUGCUCACCAGGCCAACGGAGCCUUCAACCCCCAAGACUUUGCUCGCUUCCAGCAGACAUCCGGUGUCAGGACGUCCAGCCCACUCGGCAAUGUUCAACAAACCCCCAUGUCACGAUACCAGUCCCCCAUGCAACAUGGUGGCGUCUACGGCAACGGUAUGGGUAUGCGCAUGGGCAUGGGAGGUAUGGGCAUGGGUGGAAUGGCCAUGAAUGGCAUGCAGACUCCGCAGGAUCAGCAACAACAGUCAAAAGGCAAGGAGCGUAUGGUCGAGCUGGAUGACAAGGAUUGGGAGGCUCAGUUCGCCGAGCUGGACGCCCCGCAAGAACAACAAGACGCCCAACUCGAUGCAGAGGCCAACGCCGCCAUCGAGGCAGAGCUGAAUGCCAUGGACAGGUCAGUUGAUCAGAGCGAAACUUUGUUUGGUGACUUCGAGUCGGUAUGGCAGGGCAUCCAAGCUGAGACGAUCCAAAACAGAGACUUUGUCACCCACGAAUCCUUUGGCGAUGCGACCGAUCGCUUCGACCAGUGGGACGGCUUCGACGGGCUCAACACGCACCGCGACCCUUCGCUGGGCGAUUACAUGUUCGAAGACGACAACCCCUUCGCCGAGCUGGCCAACCCCUACGAUGAGGGCAUGAAGAUUAUGCGUGAAGGUGGGAACCUCUCGCUUGCCGCCUUGGCUUUCGAGGCUGCUGUUCAAAAAGAUGCGGACCACAUGGGUGCCUGGACAGCUCUUGGCCAAGCUCAAGCACAGAAUGAAAAGGAAUCACCUGCAAUUCGUGCGCUGGAGCACGCUCUGAAACUCGACCCCAACAACCUGGAAGCUUUGAUGGGUCUGGCUGUGUCGUAUACCAACGAGGGCUAUGACAGUACAGCUUACAGAACGCUUGAGCGUUGGGUCGCUACAAAAUAUCCCACCCUCAUAAACGGACCUCUCUCCUCGCAAGAUGACGAGAUUGGCUUCACCGAUCGCCAUGCUCUGCACGAGAAGGUGACGGAUCUAUUCAUUCAAGCCGCACAACUUUCUCCAGACGGCGAGCAGAUGGAUCCCGACGUCCAGGUUGGCCUAGGCGUUCUCUUCUAUGGCGCAGAGGAAUAUGACAAAGCAGUCGACUGCUUCGGAGCAGCGCUAGCCUCGACUGAAGAAGGCAGCACAAACAGACAGGAAGAAUUGCAUCUCCUCUGGAAUCGCCUCGGCGCCACUCUCGCAAAUUCUGGAAGGUCGGAAGAGGCCAUCGAUGCCUACUCUCGUGCCUUGGAAAUGAGGCCGAACUUCGUCAGGGCACGCUACAACUUGGGAGUGUCGUGUAUAAACAUUGGCUGCUACGAGGAGGCCGCGCAGCACCUUCUCGGGGCAUUGGCCAUGCACCGCAUCACGGAGAAAGAAGGCCUGGAAAAAGCAAGACAGGUGGUUGGCGAUAACAAUAUGACAGACGCCAAGCUAGAAGCCAUGAUCACUCAAAACCAGAGCACAAAUCUCUACGACACGCUAAGAAGAGUGUUUGCUCAGAUGGAACGCAGAGACUUGCAAGAGCUCGUUGGCCCCGGAAUGAAUCUCGAGGACAUGAGGCAGCAUUUUGAGUUUUAG